GAAAGCACAAAAAAUUUGUAAACAAGAGAAAAGUGAGGCAAUCCUUCAGAAUUACUUAGAUCUUUGCAGACAACUUAAAAUUUCCACAACACACAGGAACAAUAUAACUGCAACAUGAAAAUGAAAUUAAAAUGAAAUAAAAUCAUGUCCUAAAAACUUGAUCAACUACGCUGACACGAAACUGAAAAGCAACAAUCUUCCAUCUCAAACGCAUCUCGGUGGGGAUCAGGAAAUCUGCAUAGCAAAGAUAACGAAGUAAAUCGGCCGGAAUGGUCCAAUAAACUAGAAUUUUUGAUGUCAUGUAUUGCAAUGUCGGUCGGAUUAGGAAACGUCUGGCGUUUUCCUUUUACUGCAUAUGAAAAUGGGGGAGGAGCAUUUCUGAUUCCCUAUAUAAUAGUGCUUCUUGUAAUCGGUCGACCACUAUAUUAUCUAGAAAUGAUAUUAGGCCAAUUUACACAACGUAGCUCGGUUAAAGUGUGGUCAAUUUCACCGCUUUUUAAAGGUAUUGGUGUAGGUCAACUCAUUGGAACGACGUCAGUACUUAGCUACUACAUGUCGCUAAUAGCAAUAACCUUAUCAUAUCUCUUUGCUUCGUUUGCCACGGAGCUACCAUGGGCAAAGUGUAUGGAUUCAGCCAAAGAGAAUUGCGUUGAUGCUGUAAACACCGAUAUAAAUAGCCAAAAUUCAUCUAUUCAAAGUAUAAGUAGCUCCGAAGUUUAUUUCCUUAACGUGGUAUUGAAAGAAAAAGCUGACAUUCAUGAUGGUGUUGGCACUCCGGAUUGGAAACUAACGCUAUGGUUACUAGUUGCGUGGAUUACUGUGUUUUUAGUGCUUGUACGUGGAGUUAAAAGCUCUGGAAAAAUUUCGUAUUUUCUGGCACUUUUCCCGUAUGUUGUGCUAAUUACCAUUUUAAUCCGUGCGCUUACACUGGAAGGUGCUGUUAAUGGACUAAUUUUCUUCAUAAAACCCCAAUGGGAGGAGUUGCUCAAUCCAAAGGUGUGGUACUCCGCAACAACACAAUUGUUUUUUUCGCUUUCUGUCGGAAUGGGAACUAUCGUCAUGUUUUCAUCAUACAAUAACUUCCAUCACAACAUACAUAGAGAUGCAAUGAUAGUGACAUGUUUGGAUACAUUUACUAGUCUUCUAGCUGGUAUGACAAUCUUCAGUGUUCUUGGAAACCUAGCACAUAACUUGGGAAUAGAAGAUAUUUCCAAAGUGGUUAAAAGUGGUACGGGUUUGGCUUUCAUAUCAUAUCCAGAUGCCAUCGCAAAAUUCAAUGUUGUUCCACAGCUGUUUUCCGUUUUAUUUUUCUUCAUGAUGUUCGUGCUAGGUCUUGGUUCAGCAGUAGCUCUUCAUAGCACCUUAAUCACUGUUGUUUGGGAUGCGUUUCCUAAAUUCAAAUACUGGCAAGUUGCUAUUGUAUUAUCAUCUAUCGGAUUUCUCACCGGACUUGUAUAUGUGACCCCGGGUGGACAAUGGAUACUGAAUCUUGUAGAUCAUUACGGAGGAACUUUCCUGAUAUACAGUUUGACCAUUUUACAAAUGGCAGUUAUCUUCUGGAUAUAUGGUUUGGAAAAUUGGUGCCAUGAUGUCGAAUUCAUGGUUCAAAGGAAGGUCGGUCCCUACUGGCGGUUAUGUUGGGGAUUAUUCUCCCCAUUUUUAAUGAUAAUAGUUUUUAUAUACUCGCUAGUUAAGUACGAAUGGCCUACAUAUGGUGAUAAACUCUAUCCAACUAACGCGUAUAUCUGCGGAAUUAUGAUAUUUGUUUCAGGAUUUUCUCAAACGCUUUUGUGGGCGGUGUGGGUUCUAUAUCGAAAUUCAAAUGGAAUUCGAAUUUUGGAUAAAAUUAAAUUUUCUGUUAAACCGAGUCAAAACUGGGGCCCUAGAUCUGAAAUGCAUAAAAAAUCGUGGAUUAAGUAUAAAGAAGAAGCUAAGAAAAGGCGUACUGAAAUUAUGAACACUAAAAAGCAUUCCACAUUCGUAAACAAAAUCUACAUAUUACUCGGAUUAUAUGAUGAUUUUAUACUGCUAGACAAUAAUUAAUUUUAGCAUGUUUGAAAAUCUGAAAAAUAUGUUCUUCGAUGUAAGGUUUCGAAGCCCUAAUAAUAGAAUAUGCUCAUAAAAUGAUAGUACAACAGAGAGGAAAAAGUAGUAGAACUGAAUGAAUAAUA